AUGACUCCGAUAAAUCUGGAUGGGUUUGUGAAUGUCUCACACGGGCUUUCCAGUAGAUUGGCCAAGAGCGCCGGAUCGGCCGUUUCAACAGGAGACGGUUUAGCGUGUGUCGUAGUGGUCGGCCGACUAGAUGCAACCUCAUCUGGAUGGGAAGAAGUACCGACAGUCUUUGGACUAGAUGGCUUGGUCGUUGGACUCACACCCUCUGCUGAAGUGUGUGGUUUACUUGCCGGUGAGUGCAAACCGACCAUGUUGGCUAGCAACGCUGCAGACGGAGAAGGCUUGAGUAGGUAA